CCUCCAUUGUCUUUCUAGGACACAUUAAACCCCGGCUGGUUGGAGGAGAUGUUGCCUGCUCAGGACGUGUGGCGAUAGAACAUGGAAACACGUGGAAAACAGUCUGUAAUGCACACUUUGAUCACAAAGUUGCCAACGUUAUCUGUAAUGAACUACAGUGUGGAAUAGCUGUAUCUAUCCCAGGAGGAGGUCACUUUGGAGAAGGACAAGGCGAGAUCUUGACUGAAGAAUUCCAGUGUGUGGGGAAUGAGUCUCUCCUGUUCUCCUGUCCCAGGAUAUCACAAGUGAAUCAGAGAUGCUCACACACAAAUGAUGCCGGUGUCAUAUGCUCUCGGCACACAGAUUUCCGGCUGGUGAAUGGCAGCACGGAGUGCUCAGGGAGGGUGGAGAUUCAGGUUCGUGGUGCCUGGGGAACCCUCUGUGACUCACGCUGGGAUUUACCAGAUGCCAACGUUCUCUGUCAUCAGCUCGACUGUGGAUUCGCUGUAUCAGCUCCAGGAGAAGCAUAUUUUGGGAAGGGAACUGACUCUGUCUGGACAGACACAUAUCACUGUAAAGGGACUGAACCCCAUUUGAGCCAAUGCCCUGUUACUGCUCUGGGGGCCUCUCAGUGCUCCCAUGACAAUGAUGCCAGUGUGGUUUGCUCAGGUCGCUCUGAAUCACUCAGACUGCUGAAUGGAGAGAGCCGGUGCGAUGGGAGAGUUGAGAUUUCCCUCCGUGGUGCGUGGAGCAGAGUCCUGGAUGACCAGUGGGACAUGAACGAUGCCAGCGUGGUGUGUAGGGAGCUCCAGUGCGGAGUCGCUGAGAAAGCUUAUAACCCCCCUAAGUCUGAGCGAGGAACGGGCCCUGUGGGGCUGAGAAGUGUCCAGUGUGAAGGAAACGAGACUAAUCUGACGCUCUGCAUCACCUCCACGUCUCAGGCAGAGCAGGCAGGAAUUGAUGAGGAUGUCGGCGUCGUUUGCUCAGGGAGCAGGCGGAUCAGACUGGUGAAUGGGGCAGGUCACUGUGCCGGUAGAGUGGAGAUUUAUUACAAUGGCACCUGGGGGACAGUCUGUGAUGAUUCCUGGGACCUGCCAGACUCCAAUGUCGUUUGCAAACAACUGGGAUGUGGACAUGCCAUCAAUGCAACCGUCUCUGCUCAUUAUGGGCAAGGACCAGGGCAGAUCUGGCUGGAUGAUGUGAACUGCUCUGGGAAUGAAUCCGAUAUCUGGGCGUGUCCUUCCAGAGGCUGGGGCCAGCACAACUGCAGACACAAAGAGGACGCGGGAGUUGUCUGCUCAGAAUUCACAGAUCUGAGGCUGGUGAGCGACAGUGACUGUGCUGGGCGGCUGGAGGUUUUCUACAAUGGGACGUGGGGCAGUGUUUGCUCCAAUCAGAUGUCUGGAGUCACCCCAGCAAUUGUCUGCAAACAGCUGAACUGUGGGGAUGGAGGGCAGAUUGCAAGAGACUUUGAAUAUGGAGCAGGUUCUGGUCCCACAUGGCUGGACCAGGUUGCAUGCAGUGAGCAGCACCACUCCCUCUGGCAGUGCCCAUCAGACCAAUGGAAUUCAAAGUCCUGUGAUAACCGAGCAGAAGAGACCCAUAUUUCUUGCACUGACCAGGAGAAGUUACGUGUCGUGGAAGGAGAGGACAGAUGCUCGGGGAGAGUGGAGGUUUGGUACCGUGGCUCCUGGGGAACAGUUUGUGAUGACUCCUGGGACAUGGUGGAUGCUAACGUUGUGUGUAAACAACUGGGCUGUGGAUCUGCUGUAUCUGCCCCGGGCGAGGCUGCAUUCGGUGAGGGGACUGGUCCCAUCUGGGUGGAGACGUUGAACUGCAGAGGGACAGAGUCAUCUCUCUGGGAGUGUCCUGCCAAGCCCUGGGGUGAGAGCAUCUGUGGUCAUAAGGAAGAUGCUGCCGUGAAUUGCUCAGGUCUGACAGAGAGGACAGAUUCUCCAAAUACCCCAGCUCCCCCGCGCCGCCCUCUGACUGACAGUGGGAGAGUCACGGUGCCCAUGGUCGUCUGCAUUAUCCUGGGGGCCCUGCUCUGCCUGGUCUUAAUCAUCCUGGGGGCACAGGUGCGAAGUGCCAGGGCACAGCACAGAGGUUCCAGAAGACCCUUGGAUCCCUUCUCUGAGGCCGUGUACGAGGAGAUUGAUUAUAACCUGAUGAGAGAGAAGCAGGAGAUGUUCAGUCGCUCAGUCUCCUAUUCAGAUGACUCAGUGACGAAGCUGCCGUAUUACACCGGGGACAGCGAGGGGGAAAACGAUCCUGGAUCAGAACAAGGUAACGGGGGAGGGGCAGACUCAGGCUGA